UUAGUUUCUUGCAUCUCUCUUUCUCUCUUGCAGCUUUGCUGAUGAAAAAAAGCUGAGCUUGAAAUUAUUAUGUUUGAUGCUUAAAGGUUUAAUAUUUGGUUAUUUCCAUUGAAGUGUUUUUCAUUGCUUAAAUGUCCAUCAAGAUCUGUGCUUUCUUUGUUUCACCAGCUUAAACCCACUUCAAGAAAGAGGUCAGAUGGACACAACCUCCGUGAGAUGUCUUAUCAACAGUAUCUCUCGAUUCAUUCAUCUCGUAUCAUGCCAUACAAUAAAAGUUGUUCCCAUUGAAGAGGAUUACAGCAAUAUGGUUGUUGUGUUAAAACUUUUAAAACCACUGCUUGAUGAUGUUGUUGAUUGCGAGAUACCUUCAGAUGAAAUUCUAUAUAAAGAGUGUGAAGAGCUAGACAUUCUUGUUAACGAGGCUCGAGAAUUGAUGGAGAACUGGUGUCCUAAGAUGAGCAAAAUCCACAGGGUUCUCCAGAGUGUGCCUUUUCUGAUAAAAAUGCAAAGCUCUUCACUUCACAUAUGUCACAUAUUAUAUAGAUUGUUGCAGUCAUCGCCAUCCACUUCAAGUAUAACCAGUGUUCAGCACUGUAUGCGGGGAAUUAAAUGUCUGAAGCAGGAGAGACUAUCAGAAAAUAUAGGGGAGGCGUUGAGAAGUCUAAAAGAUGAUGCUAUUCCUUGCACUGAUAAUCUGGUAAAAGUUAUCAAGUCACUGAACCUGGUAUCAAACCAGGAAAUGUUAAAAGAGACUGUGGCUGUGGAAAAAGAGAGAAUGAAUGCGCAAGUCAACAAUGAAAAAGGGAAAUUGGAUCAAAUCAAUCAGAUUGUGGAUCUUAUCUCCCAUAUACGUGAUUAUAUGCUUAAAAUUGAGCACUUUGAACCCACAAGUGGCAUUUUGAUUCCUCCACACUUCCUUUGCCCCCUGUCAUUGGAACUUAUGAUGGAUCCUGUUAUUGUGGCUUCUGGGCAAACUUAUGACAGGGCCUCCAUCCAAAAGUGGCUUGAUAGUGGACUGACCAUUUGCCCAAAGACCCGUCAAUCACUCACGCAUACAAAUCUCAUUCCAAAUUACAUGGUCAAAGCUAUGGUAGCAAGUUGGUGUGAGGAAAACAACUUACAACUUUCCAAUAAAACUGGGCAUGCAAAACUUGUCUCAAUCUCUUCUCCUUCAAAUCAUAUAUCUCCUCAAGAUUUAACACGUACUGAUAGUUUCCAUUGCUUUGCAAACAGUAGUAGUUCCACAUCAAGAUCAUCUCUUGAAGUUGGAAAUGGUUUAGAGAAGCAGAAGAUUGACAUCUCAUCAAGAUUUAGUGGAGAAUGCAAUAGAUGCCAAAGCAGGGAGAUUGACAAGUGUGACCACCAAUCCCCUGAGCAAUCAUAUAUUCACAGCAGGACUGAAUCAGCCUUAAGUGAAAUUUCCAGUAUUGAUUAUGUGCCUCCUGCUUCGAAUGACUUGUCAAGGAGGUUGAAGAAAUGUGAAAUGAGUGAGUUAGAUGAAAUUUCAUCUGAAUGCCUUGGCACUUCUCCUUCAACAAAAGAAUCUGGAUUUUCUUCCUGGAAAACUGGAAAGCAGUUGCAGGUCUCUGGUACAAAAGUAGAAGAGGCUGUCAAUGGAAACCAUAAUUAUAAUAGAGCAAACUCCAUUACAUUUUCUGGGUCAGGAGGUGAUGAUUUGACCACAAGUUCCCAUGUGAAGAAAUUAGUAGACAACCUUAAAAGCCUAUCAAAUGAAGUCCAAACUACAGCUGCGGCAGAAUUGCGCCUUCUUGCAAAGCACAACAUGGACAAUCGUAUGAUUAUAGGUCGAUGUGGUGCUAUUGCACCAUUACUUUCUCUGUUAUACUCAGAAGUAAAGCUAACCCAAGAGCAUGCCGUUACAGCUCUUUUAAAUCUCUCAAUUAAUGAAGAUAAUAAGGCUAUUAUUGCAGAAUCGGGAGCAAUCGAGCCACUAAUUCAUGUUUUAAAGUCUGGAAAUGAUGGAGCCAAAGAAAAUUCUGCGGCAGCUUUAUUCAGUCUUUCUGUACUGGAAGAGUACAAGGCUAGGAUUGGACGCUCUGGUGCUGUCAAAGCCUUGGUGAAUCUUCUGUGCUCAGGAACAUUGAGAGGAAAAAAAGAUGCUGCUACUGCUUUGUUUAACUUAUCAAUCUUUCAUGAAAAUAAGGCUCGUAUAGUUCAAGCAGGUGCGGUAAAAUACCUUGUUGAGUUAAUGGAUCCUGAUAGUGGGAUGGUUGACAAGGCAGUUGCUCUUCUCUCAAACCUUUCAACAAUCGGGGAAGGGCGUGUGGCAAUUGUACGAGAAGGUGGUAUCCCAUUACUAGUUGAAGUUGUUGAAUCAGGAUCACAGAGGGGUAGGGAAAAUGCUGCCUCUGUAUUGCUGCAACUAUGCCUUAAUAAUCCCAAGUUCUGUACCCUGGUUUUGCAAGAAGGGGCUGUGCCACCCCUUGUCGGAUUGUCUCAGUCUGGCACACCAAGAGCAAAAGAAAAGGCACAACAGCUUCUCAGUCACUUCCGGAAUCAGAGAGAAGGUGCCACGGGGAAGGUCAAGACAUGAAAACUGACAAAUUUUGUUAUAUAUAUAUAUAUAUAUAUAUAUAUAUAUAUAGUUUUUGAUAUCCUACUCCAUGUAAGUUGUUCUUCCUCAAUUGGUCCUUUCAGAGCUCUCUUUUCAAACAUUCUUAAGCUCUCCAGCUAUAUGCAUUAGCAUUGUGAACUAUAUUCUUUGUUUGUUUUUAACCCCUUUUUAAAGGCGGUUAGGGGGUGGGGAAAUAGGGCAAGCGUUCCCUGGAGGUGAUGGGUUAUUUAUAAGUUACUGCGUAAUUUUCCUUAGAACUUGGCUUGCCAUAGUACCGAGUGUAGGUUUUCAUUUAGUUUUAGUUUAUGUAGUAACAGAUUUGUUCCCUAGUUUUGUAGAUAUGUUGUACAUAUGCUAUAGACUCUUGUAAUCUGUUAUGGGAUCUUGUUGAAAGAUAUAUUUGCUAUUUAGUGGCAAAUGUUCCCUUUUCUGUGCUUUUGUUUUUUAUCUUGUACCUUUACAGGCACUAGAUUUCAAAGUUUUAUUAAGGUUAGUUGCUCUUAAAUCCCAAAUAAUUUUUGUUUAUAUGUGCUUUUACACUUGUUUGACGAAAAUGCUUCUUACUUCUACCUGGUACUCAGCAAUACUGUCAACUGGAAAAGAAUGAUCAACCGACUGGUAGAUAUGCUACUUAACCAUCUUGUGGCUCAAAGCAUCUGCCGGGGGGUUGAAGUAAUUGAUUCUCUCCCUCUCUCUCUCCUGAGUCUGUGUCAAACUGGGAAGCACGCCAUUAAUGGGAAUGGGUUGGCAAAUGAAUAAUUCUGAAAACAAUAUCAGAAGGCAGCUUUGGGAGCUUUCUUCUGAUUUUAAGUACAAUGGCAAGUGAAUCAAUACCUGUGUGGUUAUCUACUCAUCUCUAUUGAAAAUUAUUGUUUCUGCCAACCUUUUCAGGUUAAAGAACUCCAAAUUCGUACUCCUGCAUUUGUAACAGGAGGGAUUGUUCUUUUUAGGCUACUUCUCGUGGUUUACUGCCCCUGCUAUGCGCUUUCCCAACCAAGGAAAUCAAAUUGAAUGCCAUUCGUUCACUUCAAUUUUGAAGGAAAAAGACAAACCAGAAGGUAUUUAGUAUCUAUGGCUAAGGGCCUAAGGCUAUCCCAUAAAACCACAAGUUAUUUCCUCUUGUUUUACAUUCUCUGCCCUAAUUUCCUGCAAGUUACAACUUAAGCAAAGCCGACAUGUUCAAUGGUCCAGAAACACCCAAAAUCUUCAAGCUAUCAAAUUGUCGCUCAAAAUCUAAGCCACUAGUUGACAAACUAAACGAUAUUUGCAAAGUUUCAUCCUUGUUACUGCAGUACUCAUAUGAUAAUACGUGACUUUUCACCUGAAACUUGCAGCAUGGUCCACACUCUACUGGUACGUAUUACUGUUUUGAAAAGGAAAAUACCCAAGGUAGGCCCUGGUCCACUAAUCUUAUGUAUGGGCCCAUAAUAUAGAACAGCUUGCAUUUUGGGUACGAAAAUACUUCCCACCAACAAUCAGACUCUUUAAGUACUUCUUGUUACUGUUCCCUGCAUUAUAGGUGACCAUUCGCCCACUGCGUCACACUGAUCUCUGGUGUGAUCAAUUCUUAUUCAUGAAUCUCUACUU